AUGAGCGAUAAAGAGUCCAAAGACGAAAAGAGACAGCGCAAGUUGGAGAAGAAGCAGAGAAAGGCGCAGGAGAAGGCCGACAGCACCACAUCGGAUCUCGAGGAGAUUGAAAUCGACUUGUCUGCCGAUAUACCCUUGAAUAAAAAGCAGCAGAGAUUGUUGAAGAAAGGAAAGUUGAACUUGGACAAAAUCAGGAAAAAGCACCCAGCACCAAAGCCUGCUACCGAUGAGGGUGCAGAUGGUGAAGAAACACAAUCCAAGCCCGAGCGAUCCAAGUUCGGUGUUUGGAUCGGGAACUUGUCGUUCGAUACCACCAGAGAAGACAUCUUGAGGUAUAUCAAAGCCAAAACCGACGUGGAAGAAGAUGACAUUGUACGGUUUAAUUUGCCUAAAAAGCAGAAUAAAAUCAAAGGAUUCUGCUAUGCCGACUUCAAGACAGAAGACCAGAUGAACCAGGUUAUCAAGCUCAGUGAAACCAACUUGAACGGACGGAAUCUCUUGAUCAAAAAUGCCCAGUCCUUUGAAGGAAGACCUGAAGCAGAUAAAUCUGAUAACAAGCUCAUCAGUGCCAGCAAAAACCCUCCUUCACGAAUUCUCUUUGUGGGAAACUUGAGUUUUGACACCACCGAAGACUUGUUGGAAGAGCACUUCAGACACUGUGGAGAAAUCAUCAAGAUCAGAAUGGCUACUUUUGAGGAUACGGGAAAGUGCAAAGGGUUUGCAUUUGUGGAUUUUAAAGAUGAGGCUGGAGCCACCGCAGCCUUGACGUCGGCGUUGACCCGUAAACUCAUAAAUAGGCCCGUGAGGAUGGAAUAUGGUGAAGAUCGGUCCAAGAGAACACCUAAACGGUUUUUGGACUCAGAAAGAUCUAAUGCUCGUGAGCGCACUGCCGGAGAAUCUAACGACCAUCAUGAACCUACUGGUGAAACAGCUAGUGAACCAGUGUAUAGACCGCCAGUCAAAAGACCCAGAAGAGAAUAUGAAGACAAGUCAAGAGUCAAGUCUUCGGUGGCGUUGGCGAAUGCACAAAGAGCUAGUGCUGCUAUUGUGCCAUCUUCUGGUAAGAAGAUCACUUUCGAUUAG